GGAUUUUCUUCCGCCUAUUCCUCUCUCCGCCUCCAAAACGCGAGAAGAAAACAUUCCAAAUCUUCCCCCCUAAAAGAUUAACUUUCCUUUCUUUCAUUUCCCUCCGCCAAGUCCACGCCCAUGCCCCCGGCCACGUCUCCGCCAUGCACCCCAACCACCUCCCUCUCCAUAACCGAAACCGUAAACGGGUCACACCGAUUCACCAUCCAAGGCUAUUCCUUGGCCAAAGGCAUAGGAGUUGGUAAACACAUCGCCAGCGAGAAUUUCACUGUCGGUGGUUACCAGUGGGCCAUUUACUUCUAUCCGGACGGCAAAAACCCAGAAGAUAAUUCCUCCUAUGUCUCUGUUUUUAUAGCUCUUGCCAGCGAGGGUACCGAUGUUCGCGCCUUGUUCGAGCUCACCCUCAUCGAUCAAAGUGGCGAAGGUAAGCAUAAAGUCCACAGCCACUUUGAUCGCUCUCUUGAGAGUGGCCCCUACACCCUUAAGUAUCGCGGCAGCAUGUGGGGUUACAAGCGUUUCUUUAGACGGGCAGUGCUUGAAACGUCGCAUUUCCUAAAGGAUGAUUGCUUGAAAAUUCACUGUACUGUUGGGGUUGUGAUUUCUGCUAUAGACUGUUCGAGAUUGCACUCUAUAAAUGUCCCUGAAUCGGACAUUGGAUCCCAUUUUGGUGCUUUGCUGGAGAACGAGGAAUGUUCUGACAUUACUUUUAAUGUGCAUGGUGAAAAGUUUCAUGCCCACAAAUUGGUAUUGGCUGCUCGUUCUCCUGUAUUUGAGAAUGAAUUUUUUGAUUUAUUGGAGGAAGAUAAUCGUGAAAUUGUUGUUUCAGACAUGGAACCUAAGGUUUUCAAGGCUUUGCUGCACUUCAUAUACAAAGAUACUCUUGUUGAAGAUGAGGAGCUUUCUAUGUCAAGUUCGUCUUGCAUAUCAUCUGUAUCCGAUACUUUGGUUUCAAAGUUGUUGGCUGCAGCAGACAAGUAUGACUUGCCUCGACUCAGAUUAAUGUGCGAGUCUGUACUUUGCAAGGAUAUAUCUGUGAAUUCUGUUGCAAAGAUUCUUGCCCUGGCUGACCGUUAUCAUGCUAUGGAUUUGAAAUCUGUUUGCCUAAAAUUUACUGCAGAAAAUCUUCUGUCAUGCGCUCGGACGGUUUUGAGUAUCUCAAAGAGAACUGUCCACUGCUGCAGUCAGAACUCCUAAAGACAGUAGCAGGAUGUGAAGAAGAUUGCAGUGGAGGGGGAAAGAGCCGAAGUGUAUGGGGACAGUUUUCGGACGGGGAUGACACAAAUGACAGGAGUGUUCGGCAACAGCAAUGGGAAAGUGGAGUAGAAAGAAGCCGAAGCUUGUGGGUCCAACUCGAUGAUGGCGAUGCUAGGAGUCCUGGGCAAGCAGACUAAAAAUGGUAAUAAUUUAACUCUGUUUCUGAAACAUUGGUGGGGAAAAAGAAGGGGAGAGGAGAAGAUAGCGGGGGAUAAACAAGGAAUGGUAUGCCCUUAUUACCUCAUUGACUUUGUUUUACUUUUCUUUUUCCCAUAUGUAUUGGAUUUUAUGGCUUUGAUGCAAAAGUCACAGGUAAGUAGCCUAACGUGUUCUUGUAGAAUGUAGCAAGUCAUUGGAAAAAUUUGUAACUUGUCCAGAGAAAGGGAAAAAGGAAAAGAACUUGUAAUUUGUCCACAAAACAGAAGAAAAAUUUGUGUUAUUUUUAUAAGAAAAGAAAGGAGAGAUAGGUCCAGCUAUUUGUAACUUGUAAUCGAAGCUGAGUCAUUUGUUUCUCGCAUAUUAUUUUAUUUUGCUUACUAAUCAUGUCAAGUCAUAUUCCUUUCA